UCCCAAGCAGGCUCCGUUGGCUUGCGAACGCCUAACUCGCGCGCUGGGACUUCCGGCAUGGGAGCUGAGAGCUGCGAUUUGCGUGGGUCAGCUACGGUGGGGAGCGCGGCGUUCUGGUCUUGCCUCAGGGAAGUCUUGGCGCGGGUGGACCAGGGGGCCAGCGCAGUGGCGCCCGCGACUGACUGAGACCUCGGCCCCAGAGCCGGCUGCGCCCGGGCUGGAGCUGGGCUUCUCGGCUGGGCCUUGGAGUCCCGAGCGCGCAGCUCCUGCCGACGCCGUCCAUCCUUGCACGGGGCCCGGUGCGCCUUCCUAGGCGGGCGCAGCUGGUUUCGGAGCCAGAGCGUUCCGGGGCCUGACGAUGUCGUCGGGCCCGGGCUCCCAGGAACGGGAAGGGCUCCUGAUAGUGAAAUUGGAGGAGGACUGCGCCUGGAGCCAGGAGGUGCCCCCGCCUGACCCAGGACCGAGCCCAGAGGCCUCCCACCUGCGCUUCAGACGUUUCCGCUUCCAAGAGGCAGCUGGUCCCCGGGAAGCCCUCAGCCGGCUCCAGGAGCUCUGCCAUGGGUGGCUGCGGCCUGAGAUGCGCACCAAGGAGCAGAUUUUGGAGCUGCUGGUGCUGGAGCAGUUCCUGAUCAUUCUGCCCCAGGAGAUCCAGAGCAGGGUGCAGGAGCUGCAUCCGGAGAGCGGCGAAGAAGCGGUGACCCUUGUGGAGGAUAUGCAGAGAGAACUUGGGAGACUGAGACAACAGGUCACAAACCAUGGGCGGGAAACAGAAGUGCUUUUGGAGGAGCCUUUGCCUCUGGAAACAGCACGAGAGUCACCGAGCUUCAAGCUGGAGCCAAUGGAGACUGAGCGAAGCCCUGGCCCCAGGCUGCAAGAACUGCUAGGCCCCAGCCCCAAAAGGGACCCCCAGGCUGUAAAGGAGAGGGCAUUGUCUGCUCCCUGGCUUUCUCUCUUUCCUCCUGAAGGGAAAAUAGAAGACAAGGAAAUGACUGGGCCCCAGUUGCCUGAGAGCUUAGAGGACGUGGCAAUGUACAUCUCCCAGGAGGAGUGGGGGCAUCAGGAUCCUAGUAAGAGGGCCCUCUCCAGGGACACGGUGCAGGAGAGUUAUGAGAAUGUGGACUCACUGGAGUCUCACAUUCCCAGUCAGGGGGCCCCAGCCACCCGGGUGGAACACGGAGGAAAGCCAUGGGAUCCCAGUGGCCAGACUUGCAGGGAGGGCCUGAGCCCCGGCAGCCCAGCUCCAGGGGAAGAGAAAUUUGAGAACCCCGAAGAAAGUGCUCAUUCUGUUUCCCUUGAGAAUACCCACCCUCAGGCGCUGCUCCCUGGCCAGGCCGGAGGGGAGGUGCCCUGGAGUCCUGAGCAGGGAAGACCUCAUGGCAGGGCAGAAGGGGAUUCUCAGCGCCCCCCAGAGGAUCCAGUGGAGCCGUCUUUAGCAGGAGCCACAAGUUACAGGGAACUGGGGCGACCGAGGGAACUACAGCCGAAGAAACUCCAUUUAUGUCCCUUGUGUGGCAAAAAUUUCUCUAACAACUCAAAUCUAAUUAGGCACCAGAGAAUACAUGCAGCAGAAAGACUGUGUAUGGGUGUGGAGUGUGGUGACAUCUUCGGAGGGAACCCACACUUUCUGUCACUACACAGAGCACACCUGGGAGAAGAGGCCCAUAAGUGCCUCGAAUGUGGAAAAUGCUUCAGUCAGAAUACCCACUUGACUCGCCACCAGCGCACACACACGGGCGAGAAGCCCUAUCAGUGUAACAUAUGUGGAAAAAGCUUCUCUUGCAACUCCAACCUCCACAGGCACCAGAGAACACACACGGGGGAGAAGCCCUACAAGUGCCCCGAGUGUGGGGAGAUCUUUGCUCACAGUUCCAACCUCCUUCGGCACCAGAGAAUUCAUACCGGAGAGAGACCCUAUAAGUGUCCGGAGUGUGGGAAAAGUUUCUCUCGGAGUUCACAUCUUGUCAUUCACGAAAGAACUCAUGAGAAAGAGAGACUUUAUGCCUUCUCUGAGUGUGGGGGAGCCAUGAAUGACAGUGCCCCCUUUCUUACAAACCAUGGAGCCCACAAGGCAGAGAAGAAACUGUUUGAAUGUUUGACUUGUGGGAAAAGCUUCCGGCAGGGCAUGCACCUCACCAGACAUCAGAGAACGCACACAGGAGAGAAACCAUAUAAAUGUACCCUUUGUGGGGAAAACUUUUCUCAUAGAUCCAAUUUAAUCAGGCACCAGAGAAUUCACACUGGAGAAAAACCCUAUACCUGUCAUGAGUGUGGAGACAGUUUCUCUCACAGCUCCAAUCGGAUUCGUCACCUGAGAACCCACACGGGAGAGAGACCCUAUAAAUGUUCUGAAUGUGGAGAAAGCUUUUCUCGGAGUUCACGUCUUAUGAGUCAUCAGAGGACUCACACCGGUUAGAAACAAUGGGAUUUCUCUUUGCCCCAGAUAAGGUGGCAUAUUCAGAAGGUCCUGUUGUCAGAGCUGAGAUUCCUUGUCCAGCCAACCAAAUGACCUCUGCGUUUGUCAGGUAAUAACAUAAAGAGGAAAUGGGGGUCCAUUGUGAGGGAGGUGCGAAGGCAGCAAAGGAUUUGCAUACAACUGAAAAGGAGUUCUGUGUGCACUAGUGAGGUCUUUGAGGUGACCUGCUCAGGGCGGAAUUCUGUUAGGUCCAUCCUGUCCCAAGGUGCACACACCCUCUUGGUAUAUUUAGCCAAGGUGUGAUUUGGGUGCCUUACUGUGUCCAGUGUUUAUCCCAACUACUUUGGGUAUCCAUGUGAUCUUUCUGUUACUGCUUUCUUAAUUGGGACAUUCAGUUGGGAGCAUUUGGACUCCUGGGGCCCUUGAGACCAAAGAAGAGGGGCCAAGUCUCCUAGGAAACCAGCUGGAGGUCAACAAGAGACUGGUUGUGAGUUGCAGCUGUCCUGAAGGCCCUGGCUGGGUAGCCAUGGGCAGUCCAGGUCAAGCCACCACACGCCCCUCAAUGGCCUGACAGGGGUGCCCAUGGGCAGAUCACGCAUGCAAAUAUGACCUCAGACAAAAAGGAACCAGACUCCUAAGGGAAAGAAUAAUGUGUAAUAUGUAGGUCAGCCCAGAAAUGGGCAGGGGAAAUGAGUGUCUGAUUAGUUUACCGUUUGCAGAGAUUGAGACUUUCCCCUACCUGUGUCAAAAAAAAAAGAUAAACAGAGCUCUGGAGUCUUACUCCUGACUCCAGAGGAACAAAAGAGUUUCAUGAAAGAUGAAUUCCCUGGGAAACUUUGAAAAGGUGGAUCCUAGGAAAAUUAGGGAUGUGUCCUU